GUAAGUACCAUCAAGAAUACACGCACACUCAUCUCACAAUCUCUCUCUCUCUCUCUUACCAAAUCCAUCCACAAAUUAACUGGCACAACACAGGGGAGGUAGGCCGGUAUAUGGCGCCAUCACGGCGUAGGAACAACUCCUCCCUGUUCGAGUCCUCCACCAUCAUCACGGCGAACCUCAUCAUGGCCUCCUCGUCGUUCCUCCUAUCGAGGAUCGCACCCCGUGUGGCAACCGCAUCGCCGCCGCCGCCGCCGACGACUAGGAUGGUAGCGACCAGCAGGGCUUCGGCGGCAACAUCCACCCGUUCUGUGGAGCCCAUGGCCGGGUGCAAGACGAUCCUCAUGAAGCCCGUCGAUGGGCAGGAUGGCAAAGUAGACCAACGAGCGGAAAUGUUCAUCAGGAGUUUCCGGGAGAGGACACUGUCGGAGACAGCUCACUUCGAAACAGCUAAUGCAGGAGCUCGCCCGCAGCCGCAAGCGCGCAGAUGCCCACGUUAGAGGUGCAGGAUAUCUCUAGAUGUAAGCAUUUGAGGAGCCAUGUGGGCUGUUUCUUGCAAAACUGCUGGCUAGCUAGUCCUCCGAACCAGGUUCAGGAAAUCAUAUGGAUUUGUGUCGUAAACGGUUUACUUCUAACAGAAUAAGAUCAUCACAUCCUGUAUAAAUAAAAGGUCACGACAGAUUACGGGUAUGUAAUCAAUCAAAAUGAAUUAUCAUCUACCUUUUCAUAUAUCUUAAAGCCUUGCUUUUCCA